AUGGUAGCCCUGGAUGGGUCACCUGAAGCUUGUUUGCUUGGGCAGCCAUCUACCCUUCCACCGCAGGAAUGCCUUUGGCCAAUCCGGGCAGAUCAGCAACCUGAGGUGGUCCAUACAAUGGACGAGUUCCUGGAGAUCCUGCAGAUGCAGCGGCACUUGGAACGCGUAGUUGUCUUGCGUAACGGCAUUGAGAUGCUCGGCCAGACUGGCGCGCUGCCAGAACAGCUUUGCCAAGCAAUCGCUGGGUCGUCUGGUGUCCGUGACGUGCUAGGGCGCCUUGGACAGCAGGCUGCGUCUCGCUUCAGAGCGCGGCUUUGGCAUUACAGUGCUCGGAGCAAGGAGAAGGAAGUCAAGGUGCCUAAGUCUCGGCCACCUCCAGAUGCGGUGGACAAGAAGAGCCUAGCCGCCUUGAAGCAGGAGUUUAUGGCCCAGAAGAGCGAGGGCAAAAUCAAGUUGGAUGCGCCCCUCUACAUUUCCGAGCUUCGGUGGCAAUCCAAGGUUUCACAUCCUCUCAACCCGAACGAGUGGGUAAAAACAGCGACUUCAUGUGACAUUUUCGAUGUCGCACCGUUUUCCAAGCAGAUGCCGCUCUGGGAAAGGUCCGAGGGGGGCAUCUUCGUGGGCGAGCGUGGAGCUGGAUCAGGGCUUCAUGUGGAUCAAUGCCUGUGGUCCAACGUUGGUGAGCUCCUCAUGCAGACAAGCACGUGUGUUGAUGGCCUGUUGGCCGGUCAUCGUGCUACUAUCUCUCUUGUCCUCGUGUGCCCCAUGUACCGAGUGCACAGGCACACACAUUCAGACGAAGCAGGCACUAGCUUGACAUGCUACAAAGUCCACCACCCAUGUCUCAAACCAUUCAUGCAGCAAGGUCGCAACUGGUGCGGGUUCAAGCUGUUUGCGCUUUGGCCCUGGUCAGAGAGGCACAGGAUCCUGGACGAAGCUGGCAAAGGUGCAGUUUUCCGACCCCCAUUGACAAAGAGGGAGGAGGCUUUCAUCGGCCGUGCCAAAACCGUUGCUUUAGUUGGGCCUGGAGAUGUCUGGGUCUUUAGUGGUGGACAGCCUCACACAGCAAUGUGCGUGGGCGACGGAGUCAAUGUUUGUGCAUAUGAGUCAUUCAUCCCUGCAAACGAAGAGGCCAUGAAGCUUCUUGUGCAAUCCAACACCAAGAGUGCGCACUGGCGAAACUGUUGGAUGGAUGAUGAUGACUUAGAUGAGUUGUACGAAGAUGUGGUGGACUCGCUGCAGGAAGCGCUCAGGGACUCUAGGCUUAACCCAGAGCUCCGGCACCGUCUUGAAGUGUGUCGCCGCGUCAUGCGGGAAUGUGAGGACAGCUACUGCAAAGACUUGUGGGCACAAGAAGACCGUGGCGAGCGGCGCCGCAGAAGAGAGGAUGGAUCCAGCGAUGAAGGUGGUUCUCCGUGUUCAGAAGGCCCUUGCAAGAAGGUGCGAUCCGAGAAGUCUCCUUGUGAGUCCGCAUCAGUGCAUGGAGGGGUCAAUAGAAAGCCUGAGGUCAACAGCUUAGGUGUCCUUCAGGUGUCCUGA